GUGCAAGGGCAGGAGGAGGAGGAGAAGAGUAGAGGGGCGCGAAAGCCGCGAGGAAUUGAAACAUCCGCCCAACUGAUCAUGCUUGGGGUUUGCCAGCGCUUUUUCCCAUUUUUAUUUUUGGAGAGAGAAAGAAACAGAAAACAAAAUAUUUCAAAGUUUACGCACAACAAAACGCAGGGAAGCCAACAAGGUUGUCGCCUUUUCGUUUUCUUUAGAACAACGAAGAAAAGAGAAAAAAAAGAAAACAAAGAGAGGGAGAGAGAGAAUCGUAUCUUGGUACAAUCCGUCUUUGUUGUUGUUGGCAGAGAGACGGGAGAGAGGCAGCAGCAGGAGCAGCAGCUGUGUUUUGGAAGUUGGUCCGAAAACCCUCUCUCUGUCUCUCCUCACUGCUCACACAGCUAUGCUUUGGUUCGGGAUGGUUGGAAUUAAUUACUGAGAUAUUUGGCCUUUCCUCCUUCUUCUUCUUCUUCUUGUUUGUCAUCAAUCAUCAUCUUCGACUCAAUUAGCUAUGGCCCUGUAUAGCGAUCAUAAACCCAAGAGGCUUUAUCGAGUUUGGAAGGGGAGCAAUAGAUUCUUUUGUGGUGGGAGAUUAAUCUUUGGUCCUGAUGUCGCAUCAUUGUUUCUAUCCACACUCCUUAUUGCUGGCCCUGCCAUUGCUUUCUGCAUAAGGAUGUACAUAAAAAUCAGAGAUGAAAGUACCAAACAUGUUGGUCGCUGUUAUCCUGUAUUAGUUGUGGGCGCCAUACUCUCUGCAUUGGAUUUGACAUUUCUCUGCUUUACCUCUGGUAGAGAUCCUGGAAUUGUACCUAGAAAUUCAAAACCUCCUGAAUCAGACGAAGCAUUUGAUCUGACUACCCCAUCUAUGGAGUGGGACAAUGGUAGAACUCCUCAUUUAAAACUUCCUCGUACUAAAGAUGUAAUAGUUAAUGGCCACUGUGUGAAAGUGAAGUAUUGCGACACCUGUUUGCUUUAUCGUCCUCCCCGAGCUUCUCAUUGUUCCAUCUGCAAUAACUGUGUUAUGAGGUUUGAUCACCACUGCCCAUGGGUUGGUCAGUGCGUUGGAAUACGUAACUAUCGGUUCUUCUUUCUGUUUAUAUCAACCUCAACCAUCUUGUGCAUAUAUGUCUUUGUCUUUUCUUGGAUCAAUGUCCUGGAAAAGGAAAUUGGCAAUCACAGCAAUAUUUGGAAGGCGAUGUCACAUGAUAUUCUCUCAGUUUUUCUCAUAGUCUACUGCUUCAUAGCUGUAUGGUUUGUUGGUGGCCUUACAAUUUUCCAUUUCUAUCUGAUUUGCACUAACCAAACUACAUAUGAGAAUUUCCGGUAUCGAUAUGAUAAGAAGGAGAAUCCAUAUAACAAGGGAGCAGCACGAAAUCUCGGUGAAAUAUUUUUCUCCAAGAUCCCACCUUCAUUGAAUAAUUUCCGUUCAUUUGUGGAGGAAAGUGAGCAUAUGGUUCUGGGAUCAGUGACUCCAAACUUUGUGGAAGGUCGUAUUAGCUCGAAGGAGAAAAUUGACAUUGAGAUGGGAAAUAGGCUUGCAGAGGAUACUGGUCAUUCGCUUCCUGAAAUCUUGAGAAAUUUGGAUUACGUUGAUUUGGAGGACGAAUUGAAGACAAAGCAGGAAGGGGGAACAUCUUUUGAUCCAUUCUUUCUUGAUGAGCAAGAUGUGAAAAAAUCAGUUGAGAUGUCCAUUGCAGGGGAUGACAUGGUAAGAACUGAGCAAAGUUCAGCUUCUGAAAAUGGAGUUAGAGAAUUUAUGCAAAAUGACACUACCAAAGAUGGAAUGAGAUCAGUACAGACCUCUACUACAGGAAAUGAAGCUGAUACAACAGAGAAAAAUGUAGAAUGUCGCAAUUCUCAUCCAACCAUAGAGUAAUCUCUUUGAGUACAAAAUAGUGUCUUAGAUGGGAGGACUGUAAGUUGCCGAAAAGUAGAUGUGGAAUACAAGCUCAAGAAAGAUGUUGGAGAGGUUGGAAAAGGGGCAAAAUACCAGUCCAGUUUAAAGUUCAAACUCUUGUUUGUUGUAAGUUGUAAAUGUCACAUUUUGGUCGAAAUAAUGCAGAAAAUGCAGCACACGUGGUGUCCGUGAGCAUGAAAAAGGUUUGUAGUUUGUGUUGUAGGAUUAUCAUUUCUUACUUUGUUAACAUUUUUUUUUUUUUAAAUUCUUAUAUUAUGAUUUAGAAUAGAGAUUUAUCUUUCAUCAAUUAGAAUGGUGGAAUGUCUAGAACUGAUUAAUCUAAAAUGUGCUUGUUCCAUUUCAACAGGGAUAUGUAAUUAUGUAUUUUCUUUAUUA